CUCGACUUGAAUAAUACGACAGAAGAUUGCUUCAAAAAUGUACUUGUUAAAAUGAAAAAAAAUGUAUUUUAGUUCAAAAGUACAGUUUAUAAUUAUAAUGUGGCAACCCUGUGUAGUUCGCGUGCGAUUUGCGUCCUAGCGCUGUAGCAUUUAUUUUGCUGAAUAAUAAAUACAAUACAAAACUCAAUUUAAAUUACAAUCGUGAUUUAAAAUCUAUAGAAUGUGUAGUGUAUCAAAACAUCAACGAGUAUAAUAUUAUAAUAACGAAAUUAGUCACAAUGACCCCUGAGUUCACGGCUGCUAUUGCCAGUACAUCGUGAUAUUACCCAAUAUGGAAAAGAAAUUACAAACAAUUUAGUACUUAGUGUUGUUUAUUUUAUUUAUUUGGUUUUCUUAUAACGAAAGUGAAACUUAGUUAAUUGAAUAUAAAUCAGAAUAUAUUAUUAUGGUUAUAAAUGGUCAUUUUAAAGUCAUUGAACCUAUGCGCGGCGUGGUGACACUGUGCAGUGACUUGUGAAUCGGAAAUAUGUAAAUAAACAUGAACGAUAUAAGCUUGAAAAUAGUGGAAUCUCCGAAGAGUCACGGUGGAGUGGAUGUGUCUCCCCCGGGGGAGACUGGCGCCGACAAUGAAGUGGAUCCGCUGGCUAUCGACGAUGUCGAGUUAGAAAAAAUAAAAGAGCCGGUGUCGCAGGACGCGGUGGUCGAGAAAGCUGAAGAAGAAAAGGCGGGAAACUGUGAUGAUAAUGCCAAAGAAAAAAGCUUAAGUGAGAGCCAGAAUGGGAGUAGUGAUAGUUUCGUUAACGUUCAGCCAGAGAAUGUUAAAGAAGAAUUGAUCAAAGAAGAGAAUAGUCCUGCUGUAGAGGACCCUCAAACUCCAGAUCCGAUUGAACAAAAGGAAAAUGAACCGACAGCGACCGCUCCUGAGCCAAAACCUGAAGUGGUUGAGGAAAAACCCGCUGUCAAAGAAAAUGUGGCUGUAGAACCUAUUGUACUGAAGAAGGAACUCAGUCCUGUGAAAGAGGUUCCUAUGCUUGUUGAAGAGCCGAAGAAGGAGAAAGCUGAUGUUGAGAUGGCAGAGGCCUUCCCGGCAGAGGAUAAGGUAGAAUUGAAAACGGAGAAACCAAAACCGCAGCCGAUGAAUGGGGAUGUUGCUAAGGACGAGCGAGGAACAAAGCGACGGUCAAGCGAGGAGGUCGACACAGAAUCGCCGCUGAAGAAGCUCUGUCAAGAAGUAGAGAAAACAUUUCCGCAACACGACACGAUGAUCAACGAAUACAUGCAGACAGCCACCAAGAACAGCGUCGACGAAAUACAAAGGCACACAGAACAACUGCUCUCAGAAAUACAGACGCUAAGGGAACUCGCACAGAAGAAGGAACACGAGUGGAACAAUAUCCUACACCUCAAAAAAGUCAAAGAGGAAAUCCUCCUUCGACUGCUUAGACGAAAACAGGUCUUAUCUUUCGAAAAAUCAGCUGAACUGAACGGCUCCGAUCGUACUGAUCCGUACGACUACCUGAAUCAAGCGAAGAGUCUGGCCAUUGAUAAAAGCGACGAGAUUUCAGGGCUGGCUCUGAAACAACCAGGUUCUACUAUCAAUCCGAUGAUGCAGACCCCGGUAAUGCCGGUCACUUCCCAUUUUAACCCCAUGUCAGGGUUGCCACCGCCGUACGAUAAAGCGCACAUGUCGAUGCCGAAACCAGUAUUCCCUCAAGCGAUGAUGAUGCCUGGACAGCUGCCAGGGUUCCCUAGGGACAUGAAUGGGCAGCUGCACGGCAACUUUGGCUUGCCAAUGGGCCGACAGGGUCCUACGAAAGAUGUGAAGUCUAUAAUAGCGGAUUAUAGGCAGCGGAACCCUGAAGUGACGCCGAGAAGAGGGCGGAGAAUGAAGUCUAUACUGAACCCUAACAUGAUGAAUGCCCCGAGACCGAUAGCCCCGAAAGUAGACAGUAUGAACAAUUUGAAUAAUCUUAAUAUGCUGUUUAACAAUUUAGAUAUGAAUCAGAAAGCAAUGCUAGAAAGACUGCAACAGAUCCAAGCUGGUGGGCUACCGAACGGUCUCUCGUUCAAAGACGUACUCGUCCAGUUCGCGAACAUGCAGCAGGCCAACCAGGGCCUCAUACCCAACAGACCACCGGAGACCAUCACCAACAGACCUGAACACCACAUACGACCUGAAGGCAGAAGACGGCAGGAGAGGAACCACGAAGAUGUCCACGUGUCCGUCAAGCAGGCUGAGAGACUCGCUUCGCCGAGCCCUCGAUUGCCACCACCACCACCAUAUCCUGAAAUAUCCUUGUUACCUGUCACCACAAGCCAAGAAACGUCACAACAAAACUCCUUACUCCAUGGCAUCCUCACAAAGCAGGCGUCUCCUGCGUCUCAGAGUUACUCCCCGACGUUGGCUAAACUGCUCAUGUCGCCGGAAAGGAAACAGAGUGCGCCAACGUUACCAACUUUCGGUCAGGCCAAGAAUUGCGGGGAGAUCACUAUAACGCCGGUGCAGCCGACGCCGCCGCCCGAGCCGCAGCCGGAGAAGACCGAAGAGGUUGUACAACUGGACGACGAGGAGAGUCCAGCGUCGGAAGGCGAAGCGUCAGGCUCGCCGUCGGGGUCGGGGUCGGGGCGGCUGGUGAUCGACGAGGGCGCGGGGUCGGGCGCGUCGGGCGGCGCGGAGGGCGCGGCCGAGGGCGAGGCGCCGGACGACGCGCCGCUGUGCCAGGGCUGCCGCCGCCGGGACGCGCAGUUCGUGUGCGCCGGCUGCGCCAACCAGUGGUACUGCAGCAGGGACUGCCAGGUGGCGGCAUGGGACGAGCAUUCAGAAAUGUGUUCGGGCUAACUGCGACAUAAGUAUAGUUGUAAUUAUACAGUAUGUGCGUAACGCCGAGCUAUACUGUAUACAAGGUGCUCACAAAUACCCGGAAAUACAAACCCGUCACAACCAACAAAAUAAUCCAUUUAAUUAUUAUUUUUUAUAGUACACUUGUAAAAUUUGCACUUAUUUUCGUAUUUAUAAUACAGGAUGUACACUCAUGUACCAACAGUUUGUUUUUAAGUAUUGUAUUCGGGUGUUCUCAAUCUUGUAUGAAUAUAAGUAUAGUUGUUGUGACAGUAUAGGUCGCGCGUGCGUGUCUCAAACUUAACUAGCAACAUUUGCCUUAAUUCGAAUAGUGUAUACAUGUGAAUCUCUAUUUUUCGUGUGAGUAGUCGAUGCGGGCGUUCUUAUAGUAAAUAUAUUCAAAAUCUAUAAAAAUAUCGAUUAUUCGUAAAUCGAUUUCAGUGUCUCGCUUUUUCUAAUCGAUUAAUAAGAGUAAUCGAUUAGUUUAUAAACUCUUUGGCCAUUAGGUCCGUACUUAAAUUUCUGAGACGGAAAGUUCAUCUACACAAUUUAAAAUAUAAAGGCAAUAAUUAUUACUUGAAGACGAACGCAUCGCAUUGUAAAAUUUACCGAUUAAUUUCCAUUUUAAUGCGGAUUUAGUCGUAAUAAGACUAGGCAUUCAAUGUGAGAAUAUUGUAAUCCUUAUCAAAUUAAUAUCCACAUAUUAUUGUUUAGUAAUGUUUAAUUGUUUUAUGAGAACCAUAGAAAAAAUAAAACCUCUUCAUUUUAUACCGUGAGAACUUAAAUAUAUAGGUCUUUUUGACUGUAGGUCUUAAAAAUAAAAAUAGUAAUAAUAUGACAUCUCUAAAGCCAGUUCUAAAGGCGACUUUUCUGUAAAUAUGUCAGUAAAUAAAGACGCUAAAUAUAUAAUCUUACAAAUUAAAUUUGACUUUUAAGUCUAAGAAUGCAAUUCCAUUGCUAAAGAGGUUGUUACAUUUCCAAGAGAAGGGAAAAUCAUUUGUAUAGUUCGAUACAGAAAAAGGGUCUUCUGCCCAUAGAAAAGGAUAUGACAACUGAGAAACUUUGACCAUAGUAUGCGCAUAACGCAUACGGUCACCAGAGCUCUUUAUAAAUGUGUCGAUUUGUAAAUGAACAAAAUAUCAUAUCUUAAAUAUUUAUAAGCUAGUAAAUUGACAUAAAACUUUAUUAAACAUUAUUAAACACUGUAUAGUUAAAAUAUUCCUAGUAGACGGUAUUAGCUGUGUCAUAUGCCUAAUAUUUGUUUGGUACUCCGUAGAUAUAGCGUAGUAUAUGUAUUUAUGAUUUCAGUGAAUACCUAUAAAUUAUUAUUUGGGUGUACUGAGAGGCUGCUCGAAAAUGGCGGCCGAUGACGUCAUUUGACAUUAAAGUAAUGUUACCAGUUAUUAAAAAUAAACAUUGAUGGUAGAUUGUAAAGAAAAUGAUUAUUUCUUUGAUUUAAAAUUCUGCUUUCGAAUGAUGUCGUGUGUCGCCAGUUUGUAUAUCGGAAGAUGUGCUUAAAUUAUCGCUAAGCGCAUAAAGAUAUGUAUUAAACAGAAAUGUAUUUCUGUAUUUAUUCCUAUAAAUAUAGGUUGAAAAUAUGUGAAGAGUAUUUAUGUAAAAACUGUAGUACUUUAAUUCUGCCUUUAUAUUAUUGAACAGUAACUUGCACUAUUGUGUAAAGAAAGCAUAAUAAAAUGACUGAUUUUACAAAAAUCUCCAAAAAAUCAAACUUCCUAUUUUUGUCAGCCAAAGAGCUGUCUCGUGACUAUUGUGAUUUAAUUAAAAGUUAAUGUCGGGCUUUCAAAAUAGAAUUUAAUUAUUAAAGCCAAUAAUACAAACGUUUUGAUUAUGACGUGAUUAUUCCUUCGAAAAUCGGAUAACGCUAAAAAGCAUACAUAAUAUUGUAUGAAGCGUAUGUUAGUGCCUGAUUCAUUUGCUUAAGAAUACAGUAAAACGGCUCAAAAUAUCACAAAAUCUAUUUUACGUUGUCGGUUCGUGAAUAUUUGUCUUCCUGUAACAUGAAAAUGCUGAAAGUCCCUUUUAUUUUGAGUAUUAUCACUGCCCUACCAUAGGUCCCCUUCAUAGGUCCCCAUAGAUACCCUUUCAUAGGUCUGUCGAGUUACCGGUCAAUGCCAGACCUCAGACUAACUGCAUAAAGUUUUCUUUAUUGGAGCGGAGCGAAGGCGGGAGGAGCGGAGGUUUAUGUCGUCCUAUUGGUGAAUAUUUCUCCGUUCAUCCGCUGCAAUCAUUCUGCUUUAAUAAACAGACGUAUUAAUAAUCGUUUUCAAUGCUCUUUUUACCUACGGAUUUGGCUAAAAGAGAUAGAGUUAUUUAUUACUAGUAUUGUACAUCAAAAUUCCAUCAUUAUAGGUUGUAAUUCUAAAAAACUGCCGAUUCUCAAAGAUGUAGUAUAUUCUGAAACAGCCAAUCAGACCCCCACUACCUUAUAUUAGGCCAUUCCUUAAAUACUAUGUAUAGAUUAGAAUAUAUUAUUUAUGUUUGAGUACAAACAAAUGUAUGUGCGUUCUGAAUUAUAUCUAGUGACAAUAAAUAACAUAACACUGGCCUACAUUUCUUAUACAAUGUCAAACUACGUACGAUAAAAAUAAUAUUUAAUUUAAAUGCGGAAAUUUGUUUUUUUUUAUCAAGUUAUUUGGAUUUUUGUUUGGUACAUCGGGUGUUUCCGUAAAACCCGAAAAUAACCGAACGGUUGACCAAUCAGCGUUGUGAAUUUAAUAUGCGGGUAUGAAUGUUUUAAUUUCCUUUAUAAAACGGUAUAAUUCAGAACUGUGUGCCUGAAAGCGUGUAUUAUAUUAAAUAUAAAGCGAAAAUAUUAUAAGUUAGCUAUUAGAUUACAUCUGUAAUGUAAUUAUGUGAAAAUGAUUCAUUUUGUCAUAUUUAAAACGAAAAUGAAAAUCAAAUUAUUUUGUGAUAAGGUUUUACUUGACCUUGUGUUAUAGAGUUCUUAGAUUUUGUGAUUGUAAGCGUCCAUCUUGAAAUUUCAACAAUAUAACAAAGAAAAAAUGUAAUUAUACCUUGUAUAAAUUUGGUCAUAGUAUUUGUCAUCCUUAGCUGUUUAAAAUAUUCAAUAUGUAACAAACCGUGGGCAGUAAUAGUAAUUGUCAUUUCUAAUUGCUAAAAAAUAUAAUAAUAAAUAAGAACUCUUGCGCAUAGUCUAGUAUGUACGAUCGAACAUAAUGUAUAAGGAUUUAUUUCUACAAUAAUGAACAGUAAUCGAGUAUUAUAUUUAAAUGUAUAAAAAGCGUUCUAAUUUUCUACACGUGCCGUGCCAAAAUAUAUCCUUUGGGCAGAGUUGAUAAUGACAACGGUCAAAAUUCAUGAUGACCGGGCGAUGUGCUCGCUCGUGAGGUGUCAACGACACUUAGCUUGCUUUUUGUGCCUUGCAAUAUAUUUUAAGUCGAUUAUAUGAGCAUCACAAAUGUGAAUAGAGCUCAAAAUGCCUUAAUUUUUAUAUUUAAUAGUUUGCCGUUAUAUAAGCGCGAGUGGCACUGGUUGGUGAUAUUUGAAUGAUUGUAUAGGCAAGUAAAAAGGCAAUGGUAGCUGUCCCUUUGAAGCAAUCAACUUUAAAUCGUACUUCGUUUAUGGAAGAGAUAGCGAAAAAGUCAACUCCUUUACUAUUUUCCUCAAUGGAUUUAAUAUUGCAAUAAUCUUGAAGCCAUAAAAUAAUGAUUUCUGUUAUAGUAGCCUUUCCUGUCAAAUGACACGUCACACAAUAAUUGAGAAGAAAAGUAUUAUAAACACACUGUGUGGGAAACGUUUUGGGAUUAGUAGAGAAAGAAGGUUGGAUAAUGGAUGUUGACCUGGACAUUAUCAACUCUGCCUUGUAUUACUAGGUUAUUUUAAAACAAAGUAUCUUUCAUUUAUUUACAGUUUUUUUAUUAUUACUUAAGGAGAAACCAGUGAAAUCAUGUUCUGUAUUGGCAGUUGCGAUUAUUGUAGUCAAGUGAAGGCAUCUAAAGUUUCCUAAAUGUGUAAAACUUCAAAUUUUAUCACUGAGGCGUUAUAAUGUUCUUAAAACUGGUUUAUUUGUGAAGCAAAACAAUUUGUGUAAAUUGAUAUUCAGCUAGGUAUGCAGCUACUGUUGUUUGCUAUAUACACUCUUGUUCUAAGUAUAUGAGAAGGCAACAGUUAACUUUCAUUAAGUGAUUUUAUACGGCUACAAACCUUAUUGCAAUACAGAUAAGUUCGAAAUUCCCACAGCGUCUUUCAGUAGUUCCUAACGUGAAGCUCGUUCAUUCAUUCAAUAUUUCGUUCAGUAGUGAGUGAGCGCCUCAGUGAUCCACUUCACAUCGACUCGUACGUUCGUGUCCGCUAGUCACGUUUUUUGUUACCUAUAUAACUGUUUAUGUAUUCUGUAACUUAUGUGUUAUAUAAGAAUAAAUCACUACUGUAUUUCAUC